AUGGAGUUAAAGGAUGCCACCGUUAUAAUCUGGCCAGAAUUCGGCUCAAAGACGGACAAGUGCCUGUAUCGCGAAUCAGGAUGGUUCAUGAAACUGUGCUCCAAGACACAACAUGAUCCGGUAUGGAUACAUCGGAUGGUUACAUCCACUCGCCGUAAAGCCAAAGACGGGCUUACCAACUUAUUCAUAACGACCAGACGUCAAUCAAGUGAAACCCGGAUCCCGCACUGUGAUAGCGGGAUGGAUUAA